GUUUGUGUGAAUUGUGUUCUGUUUUGUUUUUUUGUAAUUUCAUUUGUGGUUUUUCGUUUGUAACGUCAAUGGUGAUUAUUUACUUCUGUACAUAAGCCUAUUAUGAAUUUUAAAGAAAAACCAUUAAUUAAAUAAAAAAAUAUGGCUGCAGGUCCUAUUGCCGAACGCAAUCAAGAUGCAACAAUUUAUGUGGGAGGCUUAGAUGACAGAGUCUCAGAGAGCUUGCUAUGGGAACUAUUUGUGCAAUCUGGGCCGGUUGUGAAUGUUCAUAUGCCAAAAGAUAGAGUGACUCAAACUCAUCAGGGAUAUGGAUUUGUGGAGUUCAUGGGCGAGGAAGAUGCUGAUUAUGCUAUAAAGGUUAUGAAUAUGAUAAAACUGUAUGGCAAGCCUGUGAGAGUAAAUAAAGCAUCAGCACAUCAAAAGAACCUUGAUGUGGGUGCCAACGUCUUCAUUGGUAACUUGGACCCAGAGGUUGAUGAGAAACUGCUGUACGACACAUUUUCAGCUUUUGGAGUUAUAUUACAAACACCUAAGGUCAUGAGAGACCCAGAAACAGGUAACUCGAAGGCGUUUGCUUUCAUAAACUUUGCGUCCUUCGAGGCAUCUGAUGCUGCGAUAGAAGCAAUGAACAACCAGUACUUGUGCAAUCGGCCCAUAUCUGUCUCGUAUGCUUUCAAGAAGGAUGUUAAAGGCGAGAGACAUGGUUCUGCAGCUGAAAGACUGCUCGCCGCCCAGAACCCGCUCUCACACGCGGACCGUCCCCACCAGCUGUUCGCGGAUGCGCCGCCAACGAUCAUGGGGCCGAUGCUAAUGGCGCCGCCCCCGCCGCCGACGCCGUCACCGAUGCCCCCGCCGGGACCGCCGAUUAGCGCGAGGCCCCCGCCCCCACUGCCAAUGUCCGCGCCACCUCCUCCGCCGUCAUCGAUGCCCCCACCUGGUCCACCGCCUCCGCCGGGUCCCCCACCACCGCCGCCGCCGUUCCACCACUUCCCACCUCCACCGUUUGGACCCCCUGGUUUCGGACCACCGCCGCCCCCAGGCGCGAGGCCCCCACCUCCCUGGAGGCCCCCGCCACCUUCAUUCAGGCCUCAAUUCCCCCCGCGUGGCCCCCCGCCGUUUGGUCACCCACCUUUCCCCCCGCAUCACCCGCCUGAACCUAACUAUAACUACUAAUUAAGCCACUGAUGUAUCAGGAAUUUAAGACUAAGGAAAUGAAAUAUAGACUUAUUUCACUUUCA